GCACAUGCACAGGGCAGCCACAUCUAAAGCCGACAGGUGUUCAUAAUUGGGGAGCAGCAGGUGUUGAAAUCGACCACAGCUGAGCAGAAAAUCCCGUUUGAAUAAAAAAUAUCUUGUUUUAACACAAGAUUUAAGGGAUAAAUACAUGAAUUACACGACACAGCAUAAAAUGAUUGAGCUCGGGUUGAAGCUGUGUGUGGUCCUUGUGCUUCUCUUCGGCCUUACACGCCAUCUUGUUGAAGGAGUCUGCAGUGUGGAGUUUUGUACUGACAGCUCAAGAUGUGUCCUCUCUAAAGACCAAAGAAGCUGCAAAUGUACCGACGGAUACUACGCUGACAAAUGUGACAAAAAUGCAGAUAUUAAAGUUACAUGUGGCAAAGACUACAUUACCAUUAGAGCUUUAGAGGAUUUCUUUAAAUAUCACAAUGUGCCGCUGGAGUCUCUGCACCUGCCAAAUAAAUCCUGUCGAGCUCAGGAGGAGGUCAUUGAUGGUGUGACGUACUACAUGACCAGGAUAUCUAAAGACGAAUAUGUGGCAUGUGGAGGGAAACCUUUAGAGAAAAACUUUACCCACAUUUUGUAUUCCUUGAGUCUUUGGUCAGUCCCUCAGACUAUCGGAAACAUCAUCAGGGAUCCCAUCAUUAAGAUGGACUAUACAUGCAUCUAUCCGUACACCAGGACAGUCAGCCUGCCUUUCCCAGUCGUCCCAUUCUCCAGUGAGACCGUGAUGCGUGUAGAUGAUCUAGACGCCACAGUACAGCUGAUGUUGUACACCGACAGCUCCUACACCAAAGCCUACAGCAGCGCUCCCACUAUUGAACUCAGAGACAAGGUGUUUGUAGAGGUGACAGUCACAGAGCCUGCAGAUUUCUUCCUGCUGAUGGUUCAUGAGUGUUGGGCCACACAGUUUCCACAACCGAACGCCACUGAGGGACUGGUUCACACUCUGCUGCAGAACGGGUGUGUGAAGGACCAGACUGUUUCUUUUCUGGAUGGGACUGAGGGACAAUCCGGUCAAAACGGGGGAAGCUCAACCAUCCAUUACAGCUUUGACAUGUUUCGCUUCACAACAGAGCCUCAUGAGCUCUACCUGCACUGCAGCGUUCAGCUGUGUGAGCCUGCCGACCAGCAGUCCUGUACACCUAGCUGUAAUUCGAUCAGUAAGAGAGAAGCUGUGAGAGCGGGCCCGAGCCAGGCUCUUCUGUCAUAUGGACCGAUCAGGAUUGAAGUACCAGACAGACCUUUGUCCAGUAUGCUGAUGACGGUGGUGCUGCCUGUAGCAGGCGUCUGGACCGUCGGCUUCUUCCUCGCCAUCCUCAUCACUGUGGCCAAAGCAGGCAACCGGAGGCUGAGGCACAAUGAGGGAAACUGACAGAAAUGCUGCUGCUGCAGCGACCUUAAUAAAAUUUUUAAGUUUG